CCGGCGGGAAGAGCGUGGGAGGAUUCAGGUUUUUUUUUUAAAUUACGCAUGCGCCAAAGAUGGUGGUAGCGGGGCGCAUGCGCCAUGCCGUGGAACUGAGUGAGAUGCUUAUGGAAGUCGCCCUGGUGAGCUCGAACGGCCGGUGGUGCAUGCGCACUUAAGUACUCCGCGGCCCCAGGCGGCAGAGGGGAAGAUGGCGGCGGUGGUACAGAAUGUGGUGAAGCUCCUUGGCGAACAAUAUUAUAAGGACGCGAUGGAGCAGUGCCACAACUACAAUGCCCGACUGUGUGCUGAGAGAAGUGUCCGAUUGCCAUUUCUGGACUCGCAGACUGGAGUGGCGCAGAGUAACUGCUACAUCUGGAUGGAGAAGCGGCACAGGGGGCCAGGUUUGGCAUCUGGCCAGCUCUAUUCCUACCCGGCUCGGCGCUGGCGGAAAAAACGUCGCGCUCACCCUCCUGAGGAUCCAAGGCUUUCCUUCCCUUCCAUUAAACCAGACACUGAGCAGACCCUAAAGAAAGAGGGUUUGAUCUCUCAGGAUGGCAGCAGCCUGGAGGCCCUUUUGAGGACGGACUCUCUUGAGAAGCGCAGUCUGCCCGAUCCUCGUACUGACGAAGACAGCCUCGGCGAGUUUCCUGUUGCCAAUAGUCGCGCGCGGAAGCGGAUCCUGGAACCUGACGAUUUCUUGGAUGAUCUAGAUGAUGAGGACUAUGAAGAAGACACGCCAAAACGCCGAGGCAAAGGCAAGGCCAAGGGCAAAGGAGUUGGGAGCGCCCGGAAAAAGCUGGAUGCAGCCAUUUUGGAAGACCGAGACAAACCGUAUGCCUGUGACAAUAGUUACAAACAAAAGCAUACCUCGAAACCUCCUGACCGAGUCUGUGGGAAGCGUUACAAGAACCGUCCUGGGCUGAGUUACCACUAUGCGCACUCCCACCUGGCUGAGGAAGAGGGGGAAGACAAGGAAGACUCGCAGCCCCCCACGCCUGUAUCACAGAGAUCUGAGGAGCAGAAAUCCAAGAAAGGUCCGGAUGGCUUGGCCUUGCCCAACAAUUACUGCGACUUCUGCCUUGGAGACUCCAAGAUCAAUAAGAAAACAGGGCAACCUGAAGAGCUGGUUUCAUGUUCUGACUGUGGACGAUCAGGGCACCCUUCAUGCCUGCAGUUCACACCAGUUAUGAUGGCGGCGGUGAAGACCUACCGCUGGCAGUGUAUUGAGUGCAAGUGCUGUAACAUCUGUGGCACCUCUGAGAACGAUGACCAGCUGCUCUUCUGUGACGAUUGUGACCGUGGCUACCAUAUGUACUGCCUCACUCCACCCAUGUCAGAACCACCGGAAGGAAGCUGGAGCUGUCACCUGUGUCUGGAUUUGCUGAAGGAGAAAGCCUCCAUCUAUCAGAACCAGAAUUCCUCCUGAUGGGUGCUGGGGCAGCAGAGAAGAAAGGGAGCUUGAAAGAGGAACCGCCAGUUGUCCACUACCUUGCAGGGCUCUUUUUCCCUUUCUUGGUUUAGUCUUUUUCCUAUGCUGCCUCCCACUCUUGGUCAGUGUCUCCUUCACCAGUCGGAUCCAGCCCCUGCCAGCUCUCUCCGUUGUCCUCUGCGCAGCGGUUUUUGGGUUUAGAACUUUUCCUUCUUUCUCUCUCUCCCUGCUCUCCUGCGAGGGAGGAUUCUCCAUGCCCUUUCCUCACUUGCCUCCAGGCUGGCUGAGAAGCACCAAACAGAUCAUCAUAUCUACGGCCUUAAUACUCAAGGACAAAUAUAUAUAUAUAUAGAAAUAUAUUCCGACCGAACUGGGCUUGCUGGGAGGAGGCGACUCCUUCUCAUCUCACUAACAUUGUGCUAUUGAAUCAACAGCUGAUCUGCAGGCUUCUAUGUCUCCGAAAGCAGAGCCAGCAAUUUUUAAAACUUUUUUUUAAAACACAAAACCACCACGAGCACUCUUGAUACUACCCACAGGGCUUAUAGGCUCCCUCCCAGCCCUUGACCACCUGUUCCUCCCUCUCCAUAAGAAAGUGGUUUUGUCCCCUAUAUAAUUACAAAUGGAUCCGGUUCUGGUCUGGAGCAGCCUCCUAGACCCGAGAGAACUCUGGGAAGGCAUUGUCCAGUGGAAAACCUACCUUUGGCCUUCAACAGUGUGGACCAGGACUUGGCUCAGGCAGGUGUGAAAACAAAGUGACUUUAUUUACCUCAGUCAGGGAAGAGCGUUUGAGGCUUCCCCUUGUCCUGAUGGAGGCUGGAUCCUGACCCAAAGAACCCUCCUGUUGUUAACACAAAGCACCAUUGCCUCCUUCCUUGUUUUCACACACACACAAGGCUAUAUAUAUAUUUUUAACCAGGGGUUGUGUCGGGGUGGGGGAUUGGGAUCGGGGGAGCAGAGAGAGGGUUCCAGCACUUUCCCCCACCUCUCUUUAGCAAGCCCUUAACCCAUGGGGUGUUGACUACAGCCCCCCCCAGCAGCAUUUCUGUCCCAUGGUGGGUUUUAGUGUGUUUUUAAUUCUCGGGGGAAUGUUUCCAGUCCUGGCACCAUUUUACAUUUCCCCUCGUAUCUUCCUCCCACCAUAUGGGCCUCUACAGAAUAUGCGAGUUGCUCGGAGGUGGAUGAAUGGAGGGCUGGCAGCUCUUUCUUCCCUGGAGCAGGGCUUGUUGGCAGAAGUUGACCCUGGUCUCCCCCCUGUGCUGCGUGCCUCUCUGGGGACAUUGGCCACAGAUCUCUGGGGUUGCCUGUGCGGGCCACUUCUUUUUUUCUUUCCCUAGCCUCACUUGAUGCCUAUUUGCUGAGUCCUGAUUUCCCACCUUCUCUGUGUGCGCGUCUGCAGGUGGAGGGCGAGCCCUUAUACCUUUGGGCUGCUCUCCAAGGAGAAGUAAACAAGCUGGCAUGCGGAAGCCUCCUCCCUUUCCAAGAACGGAAGCUCUCUUCUGCAUCCAUCCUGCCUUCCCCCUUGGUUGCCUUCUUCACCUCCCCACCCCCACUCUCUGGAGGAACCGGUCCUUAAUAAGAAGUGACAUUUUGAAAGCCUUCCUUGGAAAUUCCCACCUGUCUUCCCCCUGACCCCCUUUGUAUGGCACCCCAUUUGGGGAGGAGAGGUGUUUUUCUCUGGAAUAGGGUUCUGUGUAAUAUACUAAUGAUGUGCCUGUUUUUUCUAAAAAUUGACUUCAUACCUACCUCCAAAGCCCCUUGCCCCAGUCAUACAUCCUCUUGCACUCCCCCAAAAUGUGUCCAGCCCUUCUCUGCAUGCAUCUUUGCAGAGGCAAUACCUGAAGACUCAGGGGGACUGGCAAAGCAAAGGGGGCUGGUUCUUUUUAGAAUAGCUUGCCUCACCGAGUUAACUUCCAUUCUGUGAGUGGGCACUGCAGCCUCUUGCCUCACCUUUCCCUAAGGCAGAGGUGGGGAACUGAUCCCCCCCCCAAAGAUAUUGUUGGGCUAUGGCACCCAUCAUCAUCUCUUGACCCAUUGGGCUUGCUGGCUGCCGGAGCUGCUGGGAGUCAGACUCCACACCUCCAGCCAGACUGCAGGAAGGGUGCCAUCCUUGCCUUUGUUCUCACUGCCCUGCUAGCUAAGGUGGGUCUUAGUGGGGCUGUAUUUGGAAGGGGAAAGAGGCACUUUGGGAACCAAAACGGAAGCUUUCACCCACCCACCCCUGCCCUCAUUUGCUAUGCCCUGUGGACUAGAGGCUUUCAGGAUUAAAAAGGUCCACAGACUCCCCAUUGAGUCUAUAAGGGAUGUCAAGAGAGGUGGAGUCAUUGUGCACUUACAGCCCUGGAUCCCCUUGGGGGCCGCAACCCCACACAGGGAAGCCAUUUUGGUUUCUUUAACCUUGCACUUGAUUUCUCUCCCAUAGCUGGUUGGGAUUGGGUAGGAGGGAACAGGUAGAGGCGGCCUGUUGAUGAAGGGGGGGUGGGGUGGGCAAACCUUGCGUUGGGGGGAGUUGCUGUCCCAACCCCAGAUGGGGGCAUGUCCUCGUUCAAAGCAUCACACCCGUGUCUUAAAACUCACAACCCGAAUAAACACCAAAAUGGCUUGUUUGGACUAAUUAUUUUAUUGCAGUCUUUUGUCUGUGGGGGUGGGUUGAAAAUAGCUUUUUUGCAGGGGAUUUUUUUUU